AUGAGUACUAUAUCAUUACAAACCCACACAACCAGUAAUAAAACACCAACAGUUGUUUCUUCUUCAAGAGAAACUUCUACACCUACACCUCUUCCAAGACAGAGAAAGGUCUUGUUCGAGGCAGAACCAAGAGCAGUCAUUAUGCCUGCAAAAUCUCUAUCUCCAGUUGUUCCAAGAUCCCGUGCAAGACUCAAUAGUACUGGCAGUGCCAAUAGCCAAACGAACCCAAAGAUUCCGAGUUACCCACUUCCUACAUUUUCUCAUGUCAAGAGCAAGAUCGGUAGCAAGGAAAAUAAAAAGAAACCACAAAAACUUGCGCCAAAGGAAGAAGUCCUUGAAAAGAAAGGACUGCGUGUUUUACAGGGUCCACCAAAACGAAAACGAUCCAAAAUACCUUUACGCAAGAAACAUUCGGCUGGAACUCAACCAGCCAACACAGCUCUUCGACAUCCUUCCUCUUCUUCUUCCUCUUCUUCUUCUUCAACAUCAUCAUCCUUAUCUGUUUCUCAUCCUUCUCCUCCUCCUCCUCCUACUCAUCCUCCUAUUUUAGCUGCUUCAUCUACUGGUUCUUCUGUUUGUGCGGUUUCUGCAAGACCUAGAGUAAUAUCUUUCAAUAUUCACCAAAACACAAGUGGUAUUGUCAGAUUAACAGCCGAAUUGUGUGAUCUUAAUAUCGAUAUCAAGGAACAUUCAAGCUCUCGAUGA